AUGUCGCUCUACAACUUUUUACCAGCAUUCAGAGCAUACCUCCCUGGAGAACACAAAAGAAUUUUAAAAAUUAAUGAGGAACUUAAAGAUUUCAUUUUGGAAAGAGUGAAGGAGCAUCAGAAGGUACUGGACCCCAACAACCCUCAGGACUACAUUGACUACUACCUCUCCAAAAUGCAGCAGGAGAAAGAUAAUGCUCAGACUGAAUUUGACUUGGAAAAUGUAAAAAUGACAGGAGUAGAUUUAUUUAGCGCAGGAACAGAGACAAGCAGUAGCACCCUACGAUAUGGCCUGCUGCUCAUUCUGAAAUAUCCUGAGGUCCAAGCAAAAAUUCUUGAGGAAAUUGAAUGUAUGAUUGGACACAAUCGACUUCCUUCCAUAAGGGACAGACAAGAUAUGCAAUACAUGGGUGCUGUGGUGCAUGAAGUGCAAAGAUUCAUUGACCUCGUACCUCUCAACAUACCCCAUGCAGUGAACCGAGACAUUCAUUUCCAACAAUAUAUCCACCCCAAA